UGCGUGUGAGUGUGAGUGCAGUUCCGUGUCUCUUCCCCUUAGCCCGUGCUGCUUCCUCUUGUGCUGCUGCUACUGGUAUCCUUCCCUGUCAUUUCAUUUCUCCUUUUGUAUCUCAGAUCGCUCAUGUGCUCUGUGCUGCCCGUGUGUGUUCCUGCAGCUACAGUCCACCUGUGUAAUUAUGCUGCCUCUGUGUCUUUAAUUUCCCCCCCCCCCUUUAUGUCUGUCAGCCUCCCUGGUUUGUGUGUGUGUCAUGCUGUCUGGGAUCUCCAACCUGCAGCACUGCUAGGCUUGUUGAACUACAAGAUCCCAGCAUCCUUCCUUGUGGUGGGAUACAGUGAGCAAAAGCUGGAGGGCUGCUGGUUGGACAGCCUGUGUGUGUGUGAUGGGAAGGAGAUGACAGAAGCAGUGAAUGCAGUCAACACUUGGGCAUUUCUAGGGUUAAGUCCCCUGUGUGCAUUUGCAGAUCUUGUGGUGUAUGGCAUGGAUCUGGCCUGGAGGGGGAUGAUGGUUUUGCAUGAAUUACUGUAUGUUUUUUUCUAUUGCCAUGCUUUUUGGAAAUGCAUUUCCUCCUACAAUGAAUGAAAUCCUAUGCAGUGUUUGUAGAACUGUGUGUGACAUUAUCCUCUUUUAUCUAUUUCAUUGCUGAUUACUGACUUGCUGCGAAAGUGUUGUUUCAUUUAUGGGUUUUGUGUGUUUCCUACACAUGGGAAGGGGGGAGGUAUUUUUUUCAUUGUGGCACCUGCAGUGCUGGGAGAGCCUGGAAGUCUUUAUUAGCCUUCUUAGCAAUGAAUGAGUGAACUACAUCUUUCUUUUGUGCUGCACAACUCCAUUCAGCACUUGCACUCCUAGGACAUUAUUAGCAGACUGGGAUUCGGUGGGGGAGGGCUAGAGAUUUCUUGCAAGUUGUACAGGUGCACGUUUCAUUUUUCUGGAUCCCUCUCAAACCCUUUGUACUUAGUGAUGAUGGGGAUGCGGCUGAAAAGCAAUCUAGAUGAAGUUACAGCAACAGGAACAUGCCAAGACCAUGCAAUCGAGACUCACAGAAGCUGGAUGCAGCAUGGAGGUGACAUGUUCUUUUUGAGGAAAGGGUUGGAAAGAUGUGAAGUGGGGAAAACUACAAUGCAGACGGCCGAAACAGUGUCGGACACGGGAUCGACAGUGACUUUGCAGACAUCUGUGGCAGGUCAAGCAGCGGUUCCUACACAGGUGGUACAGCAGGUUCCAGUACAGCAACAGGUUCAGCAGGUACAGACUGUCCAGCAGGUGCAGCAUGUUUACCCAGCACAAGUACAAUAUGUUUCUGAAGGAAGUGACACAGUCUACACAAACGGAGCAAUCCGGACAACAACAUAUCCUUACACAGAAACUCAGAUGUAUAGCCAAAAUACUGGUGGGAAUUACUUUGAUACCCAGGGGGGAUCAGCACAGGUGACAACAGUGGUCUCAACCCACAGCAUGGUGGGGACUGGAGGAAUUCAAAUGGGUGUUACUGGAGGACAAAUCAUUAGUAGCACUGGUGGAACUUACCUGAUUGGCAAUGCAAUGGAAAACUCAGGCCAUUCUGUGAGUCACACAACUCGAGCCUCUCCAGCAACAAUUGAAAUGGCGAUCGAGACACUGCAAAAGUCUGACGGGCUGUCGAGUCACAGAAGCUCUCUUCUCAACAGCCAUCUCCAAUGGCUAUUGGAUAACUAUGAGACGGCAGAAGGAGUGAGUCUCCCUAGAAGCACUCUAUACAAUCAUUACCUAAGACAUUGUCAAGAGCACAAACUGGAUCCGGUCAAUGCUGCAUCUUUUGGAAAACUCAUACGGUCAAUAUUCAUGGGACUGCGUACUCGAAGACUAGGGACCAGGGGCAACUCCAAAUACCAUUACUAUGGGAUUCGUGUCAAGCCAGAUUCCCCUCUUAAUAGGCUACAAGAGGACAUGCAAUACAUGGCUAUGAGACAACAACCCAUGCAGCAGAAACAAAGGUACAAGCCUAUGCAGAAAGUGGAUGGAGUAGGAGAUGGAUUUGCAGGCAGUGGGCAGUCUGGUGCCUCUGUUGAGCAAACUGUGAUUGCCCAAAGCCAACACCAUCAACAAUUUUUAGAUGCGUCUCGAGCUCUUCCAGAGUUUGCAGAAGUUGAAAUAUCUUCUCUGCCAGAUGGUACAACCUUUGAAGAUAUCAAGUCAUUGCAGAGUCUUUAUCGAGAGCACUGCGAGGCGAUAUUAGAUGUUGUUGUAAAUCUACAGUUUAGCCUGAUUGAGAAGUUGUGGCAGACUUUCUGGCGUUACUCUCCUUCAUCUCCAGCCGAUGGUUCCACCAUUACAGAAACAGGAAACCUGAGUGAAAUAGAAAGCAGGUUGCCCAAGUCAAAGCUGAUUUCGCUCUGCAAAAAUGAGUCUAUUGUGAAGUGGAUGUGCAACUGUGACCAUAUGAUGCACCAAGCCUUGGUGGAUAUUCUCAUUCCCGAUGUCCUAAGACCAAUUCCUAGUGCCUUGACCCAAGCCGUUCGCAAUUUUGCAAAGAGCCUUGAAGGUUGGCUCUCUAGUGCCAUGAGUAAUAUUCCACAAAGAAUGAUACAAACCAAGAUUGCUGCUGUAAGUGCCUUUGCCCAAACUUUGCGCAGAUACACAUCCCUUAAUCACUUGGCUCAAGCAGCUCGUGCUGUGCUGCAGAACACCUCUCAGAUCAACCAGAUGCUGAAUGACCUCAACCGUGUGGACUUCGCCAACGUCCAGGAGCAGGCUUCCUGGGUGUGUCAGUGUGAUGACAGUAUGGUACAGAGACUAGAAACAGAUUUUAAGAUGACUCUCCAGCAGCAAAGCACUCUGGAACAGUGGGCUGCCUGGUUAGACAAUGUGGUGACACAAGCUUUGAAACCAUAUGAAGGACGACCCAGCUUUCCUAAAGCAGCCCGACAAUUUCUUCUCAAGUGGUCAUUUUACAGUUCUAUGGUUAUUCGAGACUUAACCUUGCGCAGUGCUGCCAGCUUUGGUUCUUUCCACCUGAUCCGCCUUCUCUACGAUGAAUACAUGUUUUAUUUAGUUGAGCACAGAGUUGCCCAGGCAACUGGAGAAUCACCAAUUGCAGUCAUGGGAGAGUUUGGAGAUUUAAAUGAUGCAUCACCAGGAAAUAUGGAAAAAGUUUCAUGGUUAUUUGUUUGUGCAGAUGAAGGCAGCGAUGUGGAGAGUGAUAUAGAUGAAGAUCUUGAUGAUUCUGGAGAGCCCCCAGCCAAGAGGGAAAAGACUGAGCUAAGCCAAGCGUUCCAGGUGGGCUGCAUGCAGCCAUCGCUGGAGGGGAGUGUUCAGCAAAGCCUGGUCUUAAAUCAGCUGCACAGUGAGCACAUUGUUACCAGCACUCAGACCAUCAGGCAGUGCAGUGCCACUGGCAAUACCUACACUGCAGUCUAGCGGAUACAAAAGCUUGCAGAAGUGAGAUGUAUAAAUAUUUGUAUGUCAGCUUAAAUGAGUGGCGUCAGAACAGUUUAUGACUGAAAUGUGACUCUUUCUGGCCUUUCUGAAACACCUUUUUUUAUCUUUACUCCAAGCAUUGGCCCAUCCGACCCUUGCAUUGUACAAUAGAUUUUCCAGGCAGCUCAUUGUUUUUAAGAUAUAUGUUUUAAGAUAUAUAUAUAUAUAUAUAUAUAUAUAUAUAUAUAUAUAUAUAUAUAUAUAUAUUGCUUCUCUAUCUGAAAACCUUUCUUUCGUUUUAAAACUAAAGUUUGCAUUUCUAUUUUAUUGUUAGCUCAGUAGUAGGUUAUUUAGUUGCACUUCUGUAAACGUAAAUCAUCUUCAUUUACACUGGAAAUAUAUAAUGUGACAACCGAGGGAUGAAACAAGGGGAACCCAAAAAAAUGUGCAAGAAAAUACUGGUGUAAUUUGUUUAUAUGUGAGAGGGUAUAUGUUUUUGGUUGUUGUAAUAUAAUACAUAGGAGUAUAUAUGCAUUCUCUCCUAUGUUCUAUAAGUCAGUAUCAUGAAUUACGUAACUAAAUGCAGCAAGCUAAAUUAGUGCGUUGUAAUGCAAGUGAAAAAAAGUAUAAUUUGUGUCUAUUGGUCAGCAACGCAAGCAAUUUCCGUUAAUUGUGUUCAUUCAUUUUUGGCUUGAUAUGUGUAAACUCUAUGGGGGUUCGCUAAGAGACUGUAUAAGUGGGUCAGAAAAAAAAUUAACAGCGCAGUGUACAUAGGCCCCAGAACGUGUUAAAUAUCUCUUAAGUGUUCCCCUGCUUCUCCGUUGGAAAACUACUGAUCCAGUGAUUGGCGCACUUGCACAGAUGUUAUAUGCUGUUAAGUAAAGCCCAUAUUAAAUGGGUAAAGAGUCCUUAAAAGGUAAAAGUCAUUAAAAAUUUAAUAAUUUAGGGAAAAGUAAAUUAUGACCUUUGAUAAAAACUAAAUUGUUUACCCUUUUCUCCCUGGGUGUGGAUUAGAGUGUCAUAACAGCAUGACUUGAUUGCAUGCGUCAAAUAUGGGAGUCAUGAUAUGUGGCAUGCAGAUGUCUGUGAUAAGUCUUCUGAAGGAGAAAGAAAGUCAGGGAGAUAGGGUUAAAGGAAUUGUUCAGUGUAAAAAUAAAA